ACAAAAACCCCUUUCCACCAUUGCAUGAUGUAAUCGUCCUCCAAUUCUCAUCUUCACCCCUUUCCCCAAUUCAUUCACUACUCAACUCUCGAUUCAAUCCAUUCCAAGUCACUCUAUAAAUCGAACACCUUCAUCCACAAUCUCAAAACUCCCCUCACACGAUGGGUUACGAAAACGAUCCGUAUCGAGAUGAAGACGGAGAGCCGUUGAUGGAUUACGACGACGGAUUUCAAUCCGAUCACGACGAUAACAACAACAACAACAACAAUCAACAUGAACAAUUUCUCGAUGAUGACGUGGAUGAUUGGCAAAGUACGCCGGUGUUCAACGAGUCGGAUUCGAAGACGAAGCGGAAAAGGUUGAUAAAGAAGAGUACGGCGGAGGAGACGGUGCCGGAUUUUGGGAUGGAUGAUGACGUGGAGGAUGACGUGGCGGCGUUUGUUGUUAGGGAUGAUGAUGAGGAUGGUGGUGGUGGGAAGAGGAAGAAGAGUUUUGGUGAUGGUGGGAGUGGGAGUGGGAAGAAGAGGGAGAAGAAGUUUAGUAGUUCGAAGUUUUCGGAUAAGGGAAGGGGGGAUAAAGGGGGGAGUAAGUCGUCUAAGGGGAAUGGGAAACGGAGUGGGCGGUCCGGUGGACAUGAUGCUGAGGUGAAGGAGAUGUGGGAUACGAUUGCUGGUGGCGAUUCGGAGGAUGACAAAGAGGGUCCUAGGAUGGUAGAUGAUGACAACUUCAUAGAUGAUACAGGCGUUGAUCCAUCAGAUCGUUAUGGAAGUGACCAUGGUGGUUAUUCACCCAGUCAUGCUCCUCAGGCUGAGGAGGGUGAAGAAGAUGAUGAAAUAAAGGACCUUUUCAAGAUGGGUAAGAAAAAGAAGAAAUCUGAGAAAAGUGCUGCAGAGAUUGCACUACUUGUUGAAAACGUCAUGGCUGAACUUGAAGUUGUAGCAGAAGAAGAUGCAGAGCUAAAUAGAAAAUCACUACCAGCUAUUAAUAAACUCAGGAAGCUGCCUCUUUUAACUGAAGUAUUAUCCAAGAAACAACUUCAGCUAGAGUUCCUGGAUCAUGGAGUUCUAACACUUUUGAAAAAUUGGCUUGAGCCUCUUCCUGAUGGAAGCUUGCCCAAUAUAAACAUUCGAGCAGCAAUUUUAAAGAUCCUAACCGAGUUCCCAAUUGAUUUAGAUCAAUAUGAUAGGAGAGAACAAUUGAAGAAGAGUGGACUAGGAAAGGUCAUUAUGUUCUUGUCAAAGUCUGAUGAAGAGACCACAUCCAAUAGAAAGCUUGCUAAAGAUUUGGUUGACAAAUGGAGUCGACCAAUAUUUAACAAGAGCACGCGAUUUGAGGACAUGCGGAACUAUGAGGAUGAAAGAGCCCCCAUUCGUCGGCCAUCAAUGAAAAAACCUAUGCAUAGAGCUUCAGGGAUGCAGUCUAGAGAUGAUGACCUGGAUUUGGCUGAUAACUCUCAGGAACCAAAGUCUGGAAGCUCAUCUUCUAGACUAACAUCAAGGCCUGAAGCAAUGCCGCUAGAUUUUGUGGUGCGCCCCCAAUCGAAAAUCGACCCAGAUGAAAUUAGAGCCCGAGCCAAACAAGUUGUGCAUGAUCAGCGUCGGCUCAAGAUGAACAAGAGGUUGCAACAAUUAAAGGCACCUAAAAAGAAGCAGCUUCAAGCCACUAAGCUCAGUGUGGAGGGUCGAGGUAUGGUCAAGUACUUGUAGAGCAAGCUCGAGGAGCCCGGGGGUUUCAAAGUUGAACCAGAUCAAUUUAUGGGUCCAGUCAGCAGUUCAUCUUUUAGAUGUUUGAGGUUUAAUCGGGCCUGUCUAGUUGUUGCUAUGAACAUGACGGAAACACUCGUCUCUUGCUGGGGUUGCUCGAUGGUUUAUAUAUUGCUGUCGAUCUUUGUUCUUUUUAAUAUGACUGGAUAUAUCACUACUUUCCGGUGGAAGUCAUCAGAAUGAUGUUCUAAUUCUGUAUUAUGAUAAAAUUGCAAUAUUUCGUUAUGUUUUCAAGUUGUGUAUGUUAUACUUAUGCA